AUGCACGAUUGGCAAGGACUGGAUCUCGCUGACCCACGAUUCGGCCAUCCUCGAGCUGUGGAUCUCCUCCUAGGAGCCGGUUUUUACCAUUCGUUCCUGCGACCCGAGCUGCUUCGACGAAACGAGAUGAUGCCUCGCGUCUUACGCCAUUUCCCGUUGGACGAAACGUGCAAAUUAAUCUUCGCUUGUCACCAACGAACUUCCAAAGGACGAUAUAUAGUUCGCCUAUCAGUGAAACCUGAAGGUUUGGAAAUGCUCGGCGAAAGUUUAAAUGUAGCGUUGGCAUCCCUGAGCUCUUUGCAUCGGCGGUUGAGUCAAGACGUCGAAAUGGCAAAGGCAUACAUCUGUUUAAUGACGGAAUACGCUCAACUUGGUUACAUGAGACCUAUACCUCCACCCAAGCUGCGCUCUGACGCUCACUCUACUUACUACAUACCACAUCAUGGAAUUUGGCAACGGGGAGACCAUCACCGCCGUCUUGGAGUGGUCUUCAAUGUAUCUAGACCUACGUUCACUGUCUACAGUCUUAAUGACAUACUUCACACUGGGCCUACGCUAAAUACCACUUUAGGCCACAUGCUGAUUCGAUGGAGACGCCACAGGAUUGCUUUCAGCGCCGAUGUCGGCAUCAUGUAUCGGCAGAUUCUAGUGAAUGAACAAGAUGUCGACUUGUAG